GAUAUGUGCCACACCCGAGGACCUUGCCCCCUCAAGACAUUCAUCCAAUCAUUUGCUGUGUUCUGUUCAGGGCGGAGAUACUGAACAUCAAUAAAUUGGAAGUCCCAGGAGACAAAAAGCAGCUCAGGGAUCCCUUGUAACAUUUUGCAAGUACUAAAGGAAAUCAACAAACAAACGUCAACAUGGUCGACUGGACAGAUGCUGAGCGCAGCGCCAUCGUAGGCCUGUGGGGAAAGAUCAGCGUGGAUGAGAUCGGACCCCAGGCCCUGGCCAGACUUCUGAUCGUGUCUCCAUGGACUCAGAGGCACUUUAGCACCUUCGGCAACCUGUCCACACCCGCUGCCAUCAUGGGUAACCCCGCGGUGGCCAAGCACGGAAAGACCGUGAUGCACGGACUGGACAGAGCUGUGCAGAACCUGGAUGACAUCAAAAACGCCUAUACUGCCCUGAGUGUGAUGCACUCCGAGAAACUGCACGUGGAUCCCGACAACUUCAGGGUUCCUUUAUGGUCCCCUCUCACAGCUCCUCGCCGACUGCAUCACCGUGUGCGUGGCAGCCAAGCUCGGUCCCACCGUUUUCAGUGCUGAUAUUCAGGAAGCCUUCCAGAAGUUCCUGGCUGUCGUUGUGUCCGCUCUUGGCAGACAGUACCACUAGAGCAUCACUCGACAGCAUCAAUAUGGAAGAGAGAUGACACUCCAAUCCAGUCUGUUAGGCUGGAAGCUGUGCCAUAGCUACACAUUUGAAAAAAAUUAAAUCUAUUUAAAAGCGUU